CACAACAGCCAGACCUUUUAGUGAACAUUUCAACCACCAAAGCUUCACGGGUUUUGAUUAAAGCAUUUACUUUUAGACUUCAAUGGAAAUCUUAUCUGCCAGUCUGCUCUUCUUGCUCCUUAUCCACACAUCCAAGUCACAAAAAUUCACACAGUGCUCUGUCAGCCCAGGAGACCGAAUUGAAUGUGGCUUCCCUGGCAUCAGUGCGAAGACAUGUGAAGACAGAGGCUGCUGUUUUGAUUCUUCCAUUGCUGGAGUAAAAUGGUGUUUCCAUCCAAAAGUAAGCCCGGUGUGUGAAGUUCAGCCUAAUCAGCAUGCUGAGUGCGGAUAUCCAGGGAUUUCUAUCAAUGAAUGCAACAGUAGAGGAUGCUGCUUUGACUCUCGAACACGGAAUGUCAAGUGGUGCUUUCAUGCUAAAGAGCUACCGCCUCAAUACACGCAGUGUGUUGUUGAGCCCAUAGAACGGUCUGAGUGUGGUUUCUCUGGCAUCUCUACAAAGCAAUGUGAAGACAGGGGCUGCUGUUUUGACUCCUCGGUUCCCAAUGCUAUAUGGUGUUUCCGCCCAAAAGUAAACCAAGUCUGUGCGGUUCAGCCUCUGCAGCGUGCCGAGUGUGGAUACCCGGGCAUUACUAUCGCAGAAUGCAACAGUAGAGGAUGCUGCUUUGACUCUCGCAUACCGAAUGUCAAGUGGUGCUUUCACUCUAGUGAACUACCACCUCAAUACAAGCAGUGUGUUAUUAUGCCAGAUGAUAGAAGUGAAUGUGGGUUCCCUGGCAUCACUGCAAAGCAGUGUGAAGACAGAGGCUGCUGCUUUGAUGCAACCAUUCCUGAUGUAAAAUGGUGUUUCCGUCCGAGAGUAAACCAAGUCUGUGAAGUUCACCCUUAUGGGCGUGCUGAGUGUGGAUACCCAGGGAUUUCUGUUGCAGAAUGCAACAGCAGAGGAUGCUGCUUUGACUCCCGUACACCGAAUGUCAAGUGGUGCUUUCAUUCUAGGGAGCAGUCGCCUCAAUACAUGCAAUGUGUUGUUGAACCACAACAAAGGGUUGAAUGUGGGUUCGCUGGCAUCACUUCAAAGGAAUGUGAAGACAGAGGCUGCUGUUUUGAUUCAGCCAUUCCUGGUGUAAAAUGGUGUUUCCGUCCCAAAGUAAACCAAGUCUGUGAAGUUCAGCCUAAUCGGCGAGCUGAGUGUGGAUACCCAGGCAUUACUAUCGCAGAAUGUAACAAUAAAGGAUGCUGCUUUGACUCUCGCACACCGAACGUCAAGUGGUGCUUUCAUUCUAGCGAGUACCCGCCUCAGUACAUGCAAUGUGUUGUUGAACCACAAGAAAGGGUUGAAUGUGGAUUCGCUGGCAUCACUUCGAAGCAGUGUGAAGACAGAGGCUGCUGCUUUGAUUCAAGCACUCCUAAUGUAAAAUGGUGUUUCCGUCCCAAAGUAAGCACACAGUGUGAAGUGCAGCCUCAGAAACGCACCGAGUGUGGGUACCCUGGGAUUUCCAUCUCUGAAUGCAACAACAGGGGAUGCUGCUUUGACUCGCGUACCGUUAAUGCCAAGUGGUGCUUUCAUUCUGAAGGAGAUAAACUGUACAACAUGACCAGUAAAGUAAUGCAGUGCUCUAUAAACCCAAAGGAAAGAAAAGAGUGUGGAUCAAAUGUAUCCAGUGAAGCUACGUGCACAGCCUUGGGAUGUUGCUUCAGUUCUCCUGUUCCUCAUGAAGGCUGCUACCUUUCAAAUGGGGGGGAUUGUUCUUUGGCACCAGAGCAAAGGACACCUUGUGGCUUCACUGGAAUUGAAGAAGUGGAGUGCCAUAGAAGAGACUGUUGCUUUGAAAAACAAGUUGGUGUUUUACCACUGUGCUACAUGCCUACAGAAUUACUGAGAGAUUCAACCAAAUGAUCGUAAACAGUGCGGCUCUGCUGGGAUCUCACAUGAGGAAUGCAACAGGCAUGGAUGUUGAUUUGAUGUGAAAAGUCAGCAGUGCUAUAAUCCAUCUCCCUUGUAGAAAUAAGAUUUCUUUGCCAAAGAUCAAAUUUCUUGUGUAUUCAUGCUUACUAAUUAUAUUCAAUUAUACUAGGA